UGGCCCCGAGGGGCGAGGCUCGCGGGCUGUGAAACGUCUCUGAGGCGCGAGGUGGUUCGGGGACCCUCCCGGGGCGAAGGAGUCUGACUUGGUUGAGGGUAAAAGCAGAAUCCAGGCUGAGUUGUGGAGUGCCGUGCAAAGAGCCUCGGGUAUUGGAGCCUCCUGGGCUGGAAUCCGGACUCCACCGCCUUGUUACUUGUACAACCUUGGGAACGUUUCUCCGAGUCUUAGGUUUUUGUUCUAUUUUGUUUUUGUUUCGUUUGUAAAAUAGAGAUCUGAGUAUUACAAGAAAAUGAAUGAACGUACCUAGAUCGUGGGUCUGCAAUAUACAGUACCAUUGCGUUACGAGAAGAAGCAGAUGGUUGCCAAUGUGGAGAAGCAGCUCGAAGAAGCAAAAGAACUGCUGGAACAGAUGGAUCUGGAAGUCCGGGAGAUCCCGCCCCAGAGUCGAGGGAUGUACAGCAACAGGAUGCGCAGCUACAAGCAAGAAAUGGGCAAACUUGAAACAGAUUUUAAAAGGUCACGGAUCGCCUACAGUGACGAAGUACGGAAUGAGCUCCUAGGGGAUGAUGGGAAUUCCUCAGAGAACCAGUUGAUAAAAUUACGUGAAGAGAGGGCACAUCUGCUCGAUAACACAGAGAGGCUGGAAAGGUCAUCUCGGAGACUAGAGGCUGGAUACCAAAUAGCAGUGGAAACCGAACAAAUCGGCCAGGAAAUGUUGGAAAACCUCAGUCACGACAGAGAAAAGAUACAGCGAGCACGGGAACGACUUCGAGAAACUGAUGCUAACUUGGGGAAAAGCUCCAGGGUUCUGACAGGGAUGUUGCGAAGAAUCAUCCAGAACCGCAUCCUGGUCGUCAUCUUGGGCAUCAUCCUGGUUGUCACCAUCCUGACGGCGAUCACUUUAUCUGUCAGAAGACAGUGAUGGAUCCGCUCUUCCCCGAUAAAUCACAACAACGGCCUGUUCUGAGUAAUUAAGACAAAAUGGUCACAUGAAUCAUUCUUUUGCGCCGACAGGCCCUGAAUGACCCUCCCUCUUGUCACCACUGUUCAGCUGAAGCGCAAAGAGCGUAAAAAUAUUUUCUAUUCCUGCUUCUGUGUGGGUCAGUUUCCUUUUCUAGGUUUGUCUUCACCGGAUUUGUUUUUUGUAGGAGAAGGUGAAUGCUUAUUUGCCUUUUGGGAAUUUCAUCUACUAACCAAAACAGCCUUGGUGACUUUCUUCCUUGCCCUGUGCACAUGUCCAGGGGUCAUGGUUUGGGAUAGGGCAUGAUGAGUCAGCCAUGGGGCAUCUGAUGGGUUGUGCUGUUUGUCACACAUCUCUUGUCACCAAAUUGCCCUUCUGUGAUGUCCAAGGAUACAAGCGCAGAGAAAAACAGAGGCCAGAGCCAAUGACCUCUCCAACAAACCGGCCCCAUUUCUACCCAGACAUAAUGAAUAUAGUCUACCUGCCUGAGUGCUUUCAUUGUAAAGGUGGAUAUUUAAUGUCACUUGUGCAGGAAAUUGACUUAGCACUUUCUCUGUUUUUCUAUGCAUAUAUAUUGUUUUUUUACAGCCAAGAAUAUUUUUGCUGAGCCUGCCCAAGAUCCACUUUUCACAACUUUGAUUACCAGCUACGUGAAAUAUUUCCUUACCUUCCCCAAAUCCCACAGUCCCCAGAAUUUGCUGGCAAAGGGAGCCUUGGCAGGAUAUUUAAUUGUGACCUCCUCUCCCCUGACCUGUGUAAGCAUCUCUGUAUCCUUUCGGUUUUAAUAUCUGCACUGCCAAAAGCAGCUCUCAUACAUGCAAAAGGUCUGACAAGGCUCCCUCCACAUCCAUUCCAGUAUGUAAAGAGCACAUGAAUAUUUCAGGAAGAGCAAGAACAUGAGUCCGUCAGUGUGAAAUUUCAAAUGCGAUUAUAAAUAUGGCACUGAGUCCUAGAGGAUGAUCCACUAGAAAUAAACUUUGUGGAAAAUGGUCACUAACCUUCAAAAGAAUAAGGGGUUGCAGCGUGUUACAAAGGACGGCUUGGGUUCCUGAAAAAAAAAAAAAUGCUAGCACGGCC